CACAAAGACAACAUGCAUGCAAUAACCAAAAGCAGCAUCCUGUUUUUGUGCAUAUGUGCACUGACCUCUGUGACAAGCCAAGAGGUUACGUGCAGCCGUCCACAAGAUAGAGCUUUGUCCUCCAGGCAAUCUUGGCGUUGGUGGUUAAAUAAAUUGGGCGAUACUGUCAGGUACACAUGUAGAUCAGGAUACAGGAGCACAGGUGGCGUUACUCAGGCCACAUGCACCAGAGAUGGGUGGGAACCGAAUCCACUUUGUCAAGAGAUAAAAUGCAGGAGGCAACAGUUUCGUAAUGCAGAUAUUAUUGGAAACAUUCAGGCUGAAUACAGGUACAAUGAUCGUGUCCAGUAUAACUGCAGGAGAGGUUAUAAAGGAAAUUUCACUCUAAUCUGUAGAGAAGAUGGCUGGCAUGGGUCUAGCGAAUGUACAGAAAUAAAAUGUGAGCUGACACUGCCACCACUCCCAGGAACCACAUAUGAACCUGCUUAUAGAAAUAGGUUUUCACCUGGUGAAAAGGUAACAGUGACAUGUGGGGAGAGAUACUGGAUUGUGGGAACUCGCACACCCUCAGUUGAGACUACUUGCAAUGAGGAUGGAGAGUGGACUGUCAGACCAGUAUGUCAAGAGGUUACGUGCAGCCGUCCACAUGAUAGACUUUUGUCCUACUGGGAGGUCUCUUGGCAUUGGGAGGCAAAGAAAUUGGGUGAUACUGUGAGGUACACAUGUAGAUCAGGAUACAAGAGGAAAGAUGGCGUCACUCAGGCCACAUGCACCAGAGAUGGGUGGGAACCAAAUCCACUUUGUCAAGAGAUAAAAUGCAGGAGGCAACAUUUUAAUAAUGCAGAUAUUAUUGGAAAAAUUCAGGCUGAAUACAGGCACAAUGAUCGUGUCCAGUAUAACUGCAGGAGAGGUUAUAAAGGAAGUUUCACUCUAAUCUGUAGAGAAGAUGGCUGGCAUGGGUCUAAUGUAUGUACAGAAAUAAAAUGUGAGCUGACACUGCCACCACUCCCAGGAACCACAUUUGAACCUGCUAAUAGAAAUAGGUUUUCACCUGGUGAAAAGGUAACAGUGACAUGUGGGGAGAGAUACUGGAUUGUGGGAACUCGCACACCCUCAGUUGAGACUACUUGCAAUGAGGAUGAAGAGUGGACUGUCAGACCAGUAUGUCAAGUCUUUCUUUCUUUCCAGAGGUUACAUGCAGCCGUCCACAUGAUAGACUUUUGUCCUACUGGGAGGUCUCUUGGCGUGGGUGGUCAAAGAAAUUGGGUGAUACUGUGCAGGUACACAUGUAGAUCAGGAUACAAGAGGAAAGAUGGCGUCACUCAGGCCACAUGCACCAGAGAUGGAUGGGAACCGAAUCCACUUUGUCAAGCUCAGCAGUGUCCAUCAAUUAAUGUGCCCAGCAAUGUGGACGUGAUAGGAGAUGCAGAAGAAGCGACCCACGGCAAUGUAGUUCAAUUUAGCUGCAAGUCCAGCAAUCACAUUCUGACAGGGGCAAGAGAAAUUUAUUGUGAUGAAAAUGGGGAUUGGAAAGGUUUGGAGGACGGCAAUCCAAAAUGUGACGUUGUAAAAUGUGAAGCACCCAGGAUUGAAAAUGGUUUGAUACUUGGAGAUAUCAAAGAGUACAAUGAACAUGAAAUCCUAAACUAUGAAUGCAAUCCUCCAUAUAAACGCGCUCAAGAAUUACCUUCAAGGUGCACAAAAAACGGAGACAGAACAGAGUGGAUCCCCACACCUGAAUGUGAAGAAAUAAAAUGUGAGCUGACACUGCCACCACUCCGAGGAACCACAUAUGAACCUGCUUAUAGAAAUAGGUUUUCACCUGGUGAAACAGUGAGAGUUACAUGUGGGGAGAGAUACUGGAUUGUGGGAACCCGCACACUCUCAGUUGAGACUACUUGCAAAGAGGAUGGAGAGUGGACUGUCAGACCAGUAUGUCAAGAGGUUACAUGCAGCCGUCCACAUGAUAGACUUUUGUCCUACUGGGAGGUCUCUUGGCGUGGGUGGUCAAAGAAAUUGGGCGAUACUGUGAGGUACACAUGUAGAUCAGGAUACAAGAGGAAAGAUGGCGUCACUCAGGCCACAUGCACCAGAGAUGGAUGGGAACCGAAUCCACUUUGUCAAGAAAUUCCACCCUGUGGGACACCUCCAGCUCUUGAGGAUGGAGACACCAAGACCGCCAUGAAAGAGCAUUACAGCCAUAAUGAAACUGUUGAAUACAUGUGUCAGAGUUACUACAUUAUGGAGGGAGAGCCUUACAAAACCUGCCUCUAUGGUGAAUGGACUGGACACAUGAGAUGCCUCAGGCCUUGCAUUGUGAAUGAAGAUGAAAUGAGUCAGCAUAACAUCACUUUGAAAUCAAGUAGCACUAAGUAUUUAGUUCAUGAUGAAAUAAUAGAGUUCAGGUGUACCAGAGGAUUAUCUACUGGCACUGUGGCAAUGCGUCAGAGAUGUAAUAGUGGUGUGUUAGUCCUACCUACAUGCCGAGAGUGAAAAGUUGAAAUGAUUUCUGAUCUUCUGUUUUCAGAUGUGGAAUAAUAAAUCUCAGAUUGUCUGA